AACAGCUAGUUCUCCAAGCUCUGCACCUGUAUCUUAUUCCCACGUGGCGCUGAGCCCUGGAGAUGACUACCUGCCUCCCUCUUUUCUACUAGAGAGGUGUAUGAGAUCACAACAACUAUGAGCGGGAGAAUUCUCUCCCACCGACUAGUUCCGCUCUUGCGGACGGGACUCCUCGCCCGCCGUCUACACAACGCCAGCGCUAGGACCGGGGGUUUGUUGCGCUCUGAUGGCGGUGCCGCACUGCGAGGACGUGCCUGGCCGCUUGGGGCCAAUGCUAUCCAUAAUGUCCCCGCUGUGCGCACCAUCUCGUUCGCGAGAAUGCUUCCCAAGCUGGCUGUGAAACUUGCGAAAAUCCCGACGAUGUUGGGCGGGGCGACGGUGGCUGGCUUUGCUUAUUUCCAGUACCAGGCUACCCAGGCUGGAAUUUAUGCGAUCGAUGUGUUUAAGCGAGCGGGGGAAACCGCGGGCGAUACGGCGUCGAGCUUAUUUUCGGAACUGCAGGGUAUGGCGGAACAGACCCAACGCGGCUGGCAGAAGACUACGGGGGACAUUGAAGUCCCGGAAUGGCUGCAGAAGAUUCUGAGGUUUGACGAAGAGUCUCAAUCGAACAAGGGUGGAUCUUCGGGGGGCGGGAAAGAACCCAAGGAAGCUAGGUCUGGUGCUGCGGCGGCGGCUGCAGGCGCUGCCACCGGUUCGGCGUUAGCAUACGAGGAUGACGAUGAGCGAUCGGAUAAGCAAGCCGCGGAGGACGAUCAAAUGAUGCUUCUGACGCGGAAGAUGAUUGAGAUCAGGAACAUCCUUCAGACCGUCGGGCAGUCCAACACGCUCACGCUCCCGUCGAUCGUCGUCAUUGGCUCUCAGUCGUCCGGGAAAAGCUCGGUUCUGGAGGCCAUCGUGGGACACGAGUUCCUUCCGAAAGGUUCCAACAUGGUCACUCGACGACCCAUCGAGCUUACGCUCGUCAACACGCCCAAUGCGCAGGCUGAAUAUGGAGAGUUUCCGGCUCUUGGAUUGGGCAAAAUCACCGACUUCUCACAGGUGCAGCGCACCCUCACCGACCUCAAUCUGGCCGUGCCUGAGAAGGAUUGCGUGACGGAUGAUCCGAUUCAGCUCACCAUCUACUCCCCCAACGUCCCUGACUUAUCUCUCAUCGACCUUCCGGGCUAUAUCCAAGUUGCUGGCGAGGACCAGCCCCCGCAGCUGAAGCAGAAAAUCUCCGACCUUUGCGACAAGUACAUCCAGGCGCCCAACGUGAUUCUUGCGAUCUCCGCCGCAGAUGUUGAUCUCGCCAAUUCGACCGCUCUCCGGGCAAGCCGUAGGGUCGAUCCCCGAGGCGAGAGAACUAUUGGAGUCAUUACCAAGAUGGAUCUAGUUGAUCCUGAGCGGGGCGCCAGAAUGCUCGCCGACAAGAAAUACCCCCUUCGUUUGGGAUACGUAGGAGUCGUAUCGCGCAUUCCUCCUACAACAACCCUGUUCUCCCGAGGCAGCGGCAACAUUACAAGCGCCAUCAUGAAGAAUGAGCAUUCCUAUUUCUCUGCGCACCCCUCUGAGUUUGGCUCGCAGUCUGAUGUGUUGGUUGGCGUGAACACCUUGCGCAACAAGCUCAUGCAUGUCCUCGAGCAGACGAUGGCGUCAAGCCUAGCCGGUACUAGGGACGCCAUCAGUCAAGAACUAGAAGAAGCGACGUACGAGUUCAAGGUCCAAUAUAACGAUCGUCCUCUGAGCGCAGAGUCAUAUCUCGCCGAAAGCCUAGACAGCUUCAAGCAUUCGUUUAAGGCCUUCGCCGAGAACUUCGGCCGACCGCAAGUCCGUGAGAUGCUGAAGAAUGAACUGGACCAGCGAGUCAUGGACAUCCUGGCCCACAGAUACUGGAACCGACCAGUCGACGAUCUGACCAGCGCACUGCCCGAAGUCGAUCCCCUCAGCGACCUGCCCAAGGCCGAUCCAGAGUCGCUCUAUUGGCACCGUAAAUUGGAUGCGUCGACUUCCUCCCUAACCAAACUCGGCAUUGGCCGGCUCGCUACGACGGUAGUUGCGAACGCCAUCCAAACUCACGUGGACAGACUGCUCGCCGACUCCACUUUCGCUGCCCACCCAUACGCCCAAAAGCAGAUCGUGGACGCGUCCACCAGCAUCCUCAACGACCGCUUCUUCAGCACCAGCGACCAGGUUGAGAACUGCAUCAAACCGUAUAAGUUCGAGAUCGAAGUCGAGGAUCCCGAGUGGACCAAAGGCCGCGAGAACGUCAGCAAAGUCCUGAAGGACGAGCUUCGCGCUUGCGAAGCAGCCUUGAAGCGUGUCGAAGACAACAUCGGCAAGAGAAAGAUCCGCGACGUAAUGGGCUUCGUCGACAAGGUACGAAAGGGCGAGUUGGUCUUAGAAGGCGAUGGUGCCGUCGGAGCAGGUGGAUUCAGCGCUGCUCUCCUAUCCAAAGGCCGCGAAAGCAUCUUCCUCCGCGACCGCGCCGACCUCAUAAAAAUGCGCCUCCUCGCAAUCCGGUCCAAGCAAUGCGCCACCAAAAAGAACAAAUACUACUGCCCCGAGAUCUUCCUCGACGUCGUCGCCGACAAGCUCACCUCAACCGCCGUCCUCUUCCUCAACGUCGAGCUCCUCUCCGAAUUCUACUACAACUUCCCUCGCGAGCUGGACCUCCGCCUGGGUCGCCACCUCUCCGACGCAGAGAUCGAGCGGUUCGCGCGCGAAGACCCCCGCAUCCGCCGCCACCUGGACGUCAUCCGCAAGAAGGAGCUGCUCGAGCUGGCACUCCAGAAGAUCGAGAGUAUUCGACAACUGGAUGGGCGGAGCAGUUUGCACCGGGGUGGUAAGGAGCGGCCGGCGUUGGCGAAGGAGCAGCGCGGGCGGGGGUGGACUUUGUUCUGAUAUGCUUGAUCUGUCUGACUUGCGCGUAGAUACCUAGAUAUUGAUUUCUCUCUCCUUCUUCUUUCUCUCUCCCUUUUUUUCUUGUUUACUAUUUCGGCUCGUUGCUCUCCCGCGGUGGUCUGCAUCUCCCACCCACCCGUCCACCUCAUCUGAGAGUGCUCACCCAGAUACAUCCCCCCAAUGCAUUCCCACUACUUAUUCCAACCCAGGAUGAACCAUGUAUAUUAAACACAUCACGUUGG